AUGAAGUCGGUCGCGGAGUCGUACCGGCUGGGCUUCGCCACGAUCCGGACCAUCGUCUCCGAAACGUGCGCCGCCAUAUGGGAGAUCCUCGGCCCGGACGUCCUGGCGCUGCCCACGCCGGAGCAGUGGCGGCAGCAUGCGCUCGACUUCGAGCGGGAAUGGCAAUUCCCGAACUGCGUAGGGGCGCUCGAUGGGAAGCACGUUCAGAUGGAGAAGCCGAUCAACAGCGGGUCCAUGAACUACAACUAUAAGGGAUACUGCAGCAUUGUGCUGAUGGCAGUGGUCGACGCGAAAUAUCGGUUCACCUAUGUAAGUGUGGGUGCCAAUGGUCAGGAGAGCGACGGUGGCGUGUGGGGGGCGUGCGACCUGGCGCAGAUGCUGGAGGCACAGGGGAGCGGCGGUGAGCAGGUCCUGCCAGGGCCACAGCCUCUUCCCGGGUCCGCCGAGCCGCUGCCUCAUGUGCUUGUGGGAGACGAGGCGUUCCCCCUCCGUGAGCACCUCAUGCGACCCUUUCCAGGCUCAGCGCUAACAACCGAGGAGCGGCGCGUGUUUAACUACCGCCUGAGCCGCGCCCGGCGGACCAGCGAGAACGCCUUCGGCAUCUUGGCCCAGCGUUGGCGAGUGUACCGUGGGCCGAUCGGGUGCAGCGUGGCAACCACGAAGCUGAUCGUGCAGGCCACUUGCGUACUGCACAAUGUGCUGCGCGAGAAGGAGCUGUCACGUGGUGGGCCGGGCGGCUACAGCUGCGUGGCGCCGGAGGAGCGAGGUGAGGUCGGCGGCCUUCGCGAAGUGACCGACGUGGGCGCCACUCACAACCACCCUCAGCAGGCGGCCGGUGUGCGGAACAGCCUCGUCCGCUACUUCAGCGGCGCCGGCAGCGUCCCCUGGCAGCUGGACAGCAUCCGCCGGUAG